UGAAGGUAAUUUUUUGCAAACAAUUCAUUGAAUCAACUCUGAAAUUACGUAAGGAUUUCCAACACUUCAACAACUAUUUGAUAUUUUAGUAGACACUAGACCCAAACUGUUUACUUUGAUAGUACAUGGCUUUCACAAAUCAAUUAGAGUUAGUACUAUGCACUGUUCACUUUUUUAAUCAUUGUACUUUACAAAAGUAAAAAGCUACCUCAAAUUUUGGAGUGUAUUUACUUACAUCAAAGUAUAAAUUUUUAUUAUCUCACUCAAAUUCAUUUGUGGUUGGACAUCAAAAAGAUAAAUAAUAUCAUAUUAAAUUUGACAUUUUAUUUUUUCACCAAAUUAUGUGUAUAUGACCAAUUAUUUUCUGGAAAUUGUACACAGACGAAAUAAAAUCUAACAUUAUUGACUGUGAAAUUGGAUAGAGAGUUACACAUGCUCCCUUAAGGUCUAAUAUUACAAUAUUCAUUAACGUAUUAAGAAACACCUCAAUUGGUAUGUACUAAAAUUGUUGGUUAAGUAAUGUAGUUGAAUAUAUACCUUCAUUAGAUUUCAACCAUUAUAGUGGUUAUUCACAUUGCGUUUAUACUAUAAUUAAGAAGUUUGCGUACAACCGUGCAUAAAUUUUUGUAUUCAAUUUUGUAAUUAUUUUAUACAUUUUUUUUCCAUUGAUUUCCAAACUUUCCUCAUACCACCGUAAAGAAAUUAGAGAACUUAAUAUUUAGUGGCCAAAUCUAUUAACUAGAUCAAUUUCAGAAGUGAUAAUAUAAAAAUCUGUAUGACUGAUUGCAUUUUCAAAUAUGAAACAGUUAGUGGUUGAGAUUAGUUGUCAAUUUUUUUUUAUAUCACCAUAUUUUUAGCCCUUACUUAACAGAUGUACACAAAAUCUUUUUGGAUUCUAAGAUUUUGUUCAUAAUGGUUUGUCACUUCUAUCACCGUUUCCAUGAAUUUUUGUGUACCGAGAGCAUGGCUACUUUGUACUUUAGGUGAAAAAUUAUGAAUAAAAUAUUAUAUUCAUUGGUCUAUAUAAGGAAUGGCAAAGCAUAACCCCACCACCGUUUCUAUAAGCGAAACUUUUGUGAAAGAAAUUCCACUCCCAGUCAAAAACCAUGAACCAGGCUGCUCUCUUAAACGUUGGCAAAGUUCAUCCAACUUCAAACAAAAUUUAUCCAUGGAAGUUCAGAGCUCGCGUGAUAUCCCUUUGGAAUGUCCCUGAACAUAUGCUCCCUCUGUCUUCUUCAGCAAUGGACAUGGUUCUCAUUGAUCAAGAGGGUGUGAAAUUUGAAGCGUCUGUUUGCAAGUCUGUCACUGGCCUCCCUAAGAUUUUUGAAGGAAGGGUGUACCAAAUAUCUUUCUUUAGGAUACUUGAUAACCUUGGCGCCAAACGUUACACAAAUUGUGUUUACAGGCUAUUCUUCCAAUCAUACACCAAAAUAUUUCCUGCUGUGGAUCAUGAUAUUCCUCUGAAUGGAUGGGAUUUUUUCAACAUGGAUCAUAUCAAAAACUAUGGAAAUACCUUUGGAUAUUUAGUUGAUGUCAUUGGCAUUUUAAUUGCUGCUUCCUCUGAAAAACUUCUGAUUAAGGACAAAAGGAUAUACAAAACAAUGGAGGUUCAACUACUGGACAAAACUGGCAUGACUACUUGUGUAUUGGUUGGUGAUAUAGUUGACAAUCUUACUGAGUAUCUAUGUUCUGAUUGGGUUACUAGACCUAUUCUUGGCCUUCGUUAUGUUGAAGUCAGUAGCAAUAAUGGUGAGGUUCGUAUACAUGGUGUUCCUUAUGUGACCAAGAUCCUUAUCAAUCACAAUUUUCAAGAAGAAAAUGUGCUCUUAGCUAGAUUUGAUGGUAUUGACUUGAAAUUACCUGUGGAGUAUAUAACCAAAGUUGUUGAUAAUGUGACUAUUUAUGCUGAUAUGCUUGACUUCCAUCCCAAGAAGACAAUCCCUCAACUUCUCCUAAGAAAAGAGAAGGGUACAUGUGUUGUCCAUGCUUGCAUUGUGAGUUUGCUGAAGGAUACUCCAUGGUACUAUCCAUCCUGCCGCUGCUAUACUGAACUAGAACGUGGUGAUGGUGUUUUUAGAUGUAACAGGUGCUUUCGAAGAAUUGAAAAAUUUAUUCAUAGGUAUUCAUUCAAAGUUGAAGUGGAUGAUGGACUUGAUAGUACUGUGUUUGUUCUCAAUCAUCAUGAGGCUAUGAAGCUUACCAACAUACCAUGUCAAGAAGUAAUGAAGUCACAAGAGGUCAAAUCCUCUUUGGGGUAUCCCGCUCAACUUGAGGAUAAAUUGGUUGGGAAAGACCUAUUAUUCAAAAUUCGUGUUGGUUUUGGGAUGACUUACAAUCGUAAGGAAAUAUAUGAGGUGCUCAGUAUAUGUGAUGAUGGGCAAAUAAUUAAAAAGUUCACUUCUGAGAAGUUAUUCACCACCCCCUUGAAGGCGAAGUUUGCUCCGCCAUUUAGUCAAUUAGAGAAUGUUGAUGUCAAUAUCAAAGUUCAAGAAAAUGAUGUUGGAUAUUUAAAGUCUAAGGAUGCUGCUGUCAUGCAUAGAGUGGUUAAAAAUCCAUCAGCAAUUAUUGGACAGAAUUCAGCCACUACUUCUAGCCAUCGUUCUUUGAAGAGGAGGCUUUAACCAGAA